AUGAAUAUUUUGGUUUCACAAGAACCCGAAAGAAGAAUAGCCAUAGUUUCCAAGAACUAUGCAUUGAUACUGAAAAAUGUCUUUGAUACACAGCAUGAGAAGAAUAAAAAACCUUUAUGUGCAAUUGAGUUGAUUUCUAAGAAUGAUUUGCAGAAACAAAAUUUCAAGAAGUUAACUGAUUCUGAGAUUCAUGGAUUCAUUGGUUUGAUAGAGAUGGACGACUUGAUCUUCGUGGCCGCAAUAACAGGAAAAUCUAAAGUUGCAGCUCCUACCCCAGGUGAAACUGUCAAUAAGAUUUUCGCCGUAGAUUUCUUUUGUCUGAACGAUCCAACUUGGGAUUUCUAUGAAAUUGAUUCUUCAGGUUAUCCAAUACUUCCAGAAUCUGACUUGAAUGGAAGUGGUACGGAAUUCCCAAAUACAAUGCCCAGACAACCAUGUUUUGAAAUUAGAAAAUUACUAUCAAAUGGAUCAUUCUAUUACAGUACUGAUUUUGAUUUGACAUCAACUCUACAAGACCGUGGUUUCGGUUCACGUUCUUUAAGUGCUGACAAUUUUGAACAAGAGUACAUGUGGAACUAUUUCUUAAUGCAAGAAAUUGUUACUUACAGAGAUAGACUGGAUACACAUGCAAAACAGAUUUUAGAUGAUGAAGGUUUUUUGACGACAGUUAUCCGUGGCUUUGCUGAGACUUUCAUCACAUAUGUAAGAAAAACGAAAGUUGCAUUGACUAUUAUCUCUAAGCAAAGUUGGAAAAGAGCCGGUACGAGAUUCAAUGCCAGAGGUGUUGAUGACGAAUCUAAUGUUGCCAAUUUCGUUGAAACUGAAUUUAUCAUGUACUCUACUCAAUAUUGUUAUGCAUUUGCUGAAAUAAGAGGAAGUAUUCCAGUUUUUUGGGAGCAAGAUACAUCUUUGAUUAACCCUAAGGUACAAAUUACCAGGUCACUCGAAGCAACACAACCUGUUUUUGACAAGCAUUUUAUCAAAUCGAUUCAGAAGUAUGGACCUAUACAUGUUGUCAAUCUACUAUCUACGAAGACGUCAGAAUUACCACUAUCCAGACGAUACAAGGAACAUUUGACUAAGUCUCGAAAAUUAAAAAUCGGCAAAGACGUAUUUUAUACUGCAUUUGAUUUCCACAAGGAAACUGCACAGGAAGGGUUUUCAGGUGCCAACAAACUUAUACCCGGAAUCAUGGAUUCUUUGCUGACUUCAGGUUAUUUUUCUUAUAAUGUCAAAGAAAAUAGAGUGAUCUCCGAGCAAUUAGGUGUCUUUAGAACCAAUUGUUUAGAUUGUUUGGACAGAACUAAUCUUGUCCAACAAGUUAUUUCGUUAGCUGCGUUCAAAAUUUUUUUACAGGAUUUCAACUUGAUAACUUCUAAUACGUACAUUGAAGAAGAUGAUUUCGUCCUCAAACAUAAUAACUUGUGGGCUGAUCAUGGUGACCAAAUUUCACAAAUUUAUACAGGGACAAAUGCAUUAAAAUCCUCUUUUUCAAGAAAAGGGAAAAUGUCAUUGGCUGGUGCCCUUUCUGAUGCUACCAAAUCCGUCAGCAGAAUGUACAUCAAUAAUUUCAUGGAUAAAGGAAAGCAACAGAAUAUUGAUGCUUUACUAGGACGUCUACCUCAUCAGCAAGCCGUGCAAUUAUUUGACCCAAUCAACGAAUAUGUAUCAUCACAAUUAGAAAAAAUGUCUGAUCAAUACACGUCAUCCUCCACCAUUAACCUCUUGAUAGGGACCUAUAAUGUAAAUGGUGUGACCAAGAAAAUCGAUUUAUCCAAAUGGCUGUUUCCAAUCGGAGAUAAAUUCAAACCAGAUGUUGUUGUUUUAGGUCUACAAGAAGUCAUUGAACUUACUGCAGGAUCUAUUUUGAAUGCUGAUUACAGCAAGGGAUCUGCAUGGGAAAACAUGGUCAAUGAAUGCUUAAAUCAGUAUGAAUCCAAAUAUCUACUAUUAAGAGUAGAACAAAUGUCUUCACUUUUAAUUCUUUUCUUUGUGAAGGCUGAUAAAGCUAAAUCCGUGAAGUGUGUUGAAGGUGCUAGCAAGAAAACAGGUUUCGGUGGGAUGGCAGGCAAUAAAGGUGCUGUUGCGAUAAGAUUUGAUUUUGAAGAAACUUCUUUUUGUUUUGUAAAUACCCAUCUAUCGGCUGGUGCUACUAAUAUCGAUGAUCGUCGUAAUGAUUACGAGAGUAUUGUGAAAGGUAUAAAUUUUACAAGAUCUAAGAAUAUAUCACAUCAUGAUUCUACAUUCUGGUUAGGCGACACAAACUAUAGAAUUGCCCUAUCAAACGAAGAGGUUCGGAGAGAAUUAGCCAUGAAACAUGAAGGUUACAUUGAUAGGCUAAUGCGCCAUGAUCAAUUAACUCAAGAAAUUGACAAUGGCUUUGUUUUCCGUGGAUUCAAGGAACCUGCAAUUAAAUUUCGUCCAACUUAUAAAUAUGAUAGUGGGACAGACAACUAUGAUACUUCAGAAAAAGCGAGAACACCAUCCUGGACAGAUAGAAUCAUUUAUAAAGGUGAUUAUCUUCAGCCCCUUGUGUAUUCUGACGCUCCGUUAUUGAUGAGUGAUCAUAGACCAGUUUACAGUGCAUAUAGAUCACGAGUUGUUUCAGUUAAUGAGGAUGAAAAGAUCAAACUGACCAAGCAAUUAUAUGCUGAAUAUAAGGCAAGUCACCCUGAAGAGACAAGAACAUUAAGCUCUCAGUUAAUUAAUCUUGGUUUAGAAGAUGAUAGGUCCCUUGAAAUCACGACGACAAGAGAUAUGGAUGAGUUUAGUCUUUUAGACAUGAACAAUAACAGUGGGAUAUCAACGGCUGGUUCAUCCUCAUCGAAUCUUUCAUCAACUACGCCACCAUAUCCUGGCACUAAUUCUCUGUCAGCUUCAUUCUUAAAUCCUAAGAAAGUGAGCACUCAAACCGAGGCUAGGGCCAAACCAUUGUUGCGUCCACCUCCUCCCCCAGCUUUCGAUAGUAAUGAGUUUGAAUCUUCAAAUUCAAAUAAAGAUCAGAAAAGUGUGGAAAUGGAAACUAUUAGUAAACCUUCCCCACCUGCUGUUGAAAUGAAGCCUGUCAUAAACGGUAAUGUAAAAUCAAAAUCUUCUGGGACCCCACCACCACCAGGAUUCACUGAAGUCAUAUUAACCCCCAAAAACAGCAAUGCAGCAAUGUCAACACCGCCAAUUUCCAAUGCUGGAUCUGCUACGUUUAGUAACACAGAUAUCCCUUCAAAAUCCUCAGAGAGCCCCAAAUCAUAUGAAGCUGCAAAGAAAUCGUCACACAUUGGAAAUAAAACUUUGAGUUCCUGGGAACCUUUGACUCCAAAAUAG